AAAGUUUUUUUUUUUUUAUCUUUCUUAAGCAUUUGUUCAUGAAAAAAAUAAGAAAUGUCACUGACAUAAAUAUGUAUCUUGUUCAGAAUUGUUCAUAAUUUACUAUAAUCUUUGGGUUGAAAAAGUAUACCUUAAAAUUAUUGAUUUUUUUGGAGAAAAACUAGGUGUCCGAAGCAAUUUGUCUCAUUACCGUAACAACUGUUCAAGUUUCUCCAGAGAAUCCAGGAAGUAUUUAAAUAAAGUGUUAUUUACCCAUGAAGCACCAGCAAGGAGGCAAGCUUCAAAAUACACAAGAUUGACAGUGUAAGAAAGAGAGCAGCUGCACGAGCAACGGUACAGAAGCACAGAGGAAAGAUCUACAGUAGUGCUGAGCUUUUAGAGGAAUACAGAAUAAAGGAAAGAGAAAGAGUGAAGUUGUCAGCACACAGGUUCUAGGCACAUCAUGCCACGAACAAAAUCAAUUCCUGAAGACCAAGUUGUCUGGAAGGGGUUACAAAGCCAUUUCUAAGGCUCUGGGGCUCCACUGAACCACAAUCAGAGCCAUAUUGUCCAAAUGGAGAAAGUUUGGGACAGAAGUGAAUCUUCCCAAGAGAGGCCGUCCUGCCAAAAUCUCUCCAAGAGCAAGGUGUAAAAUCAUCCAGGAAGUCACAAAGAACCCUAGAACAACAUCCAGGGAUCUGCAGGCAUCUCUCACCUCGGCUAAGGUCAGUGUUCAUGACUCCACCAUCAGAAAGACACUGGGCAAAAAUGGGAUUCAUGGCAGAGUAGCAAGGCGGAAACCAUUGCUCACUAAGAAGAACAUGAAUACUCAUCUCAAGUUUGGCAAAAAGCACCUGGAUGAUCCUCAAGAAUUCUGGAACAAUGUUCUAUGGACAGAUGAGUCAAAAGUGGAACUUUUUGGCCGAACGAAAAUAGAAAACAUAAAUACUAUGAACAAUACGAUGGUUUUGUGGUACUGCACGACACUGACACAAUGGCUUAUACAGCAUCAGCCCUGUCCUUCAUGUGUGAACACCUGGGAAAGACCAUCAUCCUUACAGGCUCUCAGGUGCCGAUCUAUGAGUUGAAGAAUGAUGGCCGUGACAACCUGUUAGAUCCCCUGCUUAUCGCUGGCCAGUUUGUAAUUCCAGAGGUCCGUGCUUUCCUGCAGCCCCCCAUGGAAGCUAUAGUUCUGGAGACGUACGGCAGUGGGAAUGCACCUGACAACCAUUUUUAUCUGCUGGAAGAGAUUAAAAAGGCCACCGACAGAGGGGUCCUCAUAAUCAACUGCACCCAGUGCCUGCGGGGCUCAGUCACAGAGACCUACGCCACAGGAAAAGCCCUCAAAGCAGGUGUGAUAGCAGGGGGUGACAUGACACCAGAGGCAGCCCUCUCCAAGCUUUCGUACGUGCUGGGUAAAAGCAAUCUGAGUAUGUAAGAGAAACGAGAGGGCAGUAAUCUGAGCAGAGAAGAUUAUGACGGGACAGACUCCACUUCAUAUUGCCGCAAGCGAGGGCCACCUGAAGGUAGUUCAGUACCUGCUUGGUCACGGAGCCACUGUCCAUGCCAAGGAUCGCUAUAGUGACACGCCACUCAGCAAAGCUGUCAAG